CUAGCAGUCACGCCAUUUCUCGCUUUCUGUAGCGUAGGCGCUUUUAUAGCACUGCCAGGCUUUUUGGUAGGCAGAAUCACGUCAAUUCUGUUCCUACGCGUGAACCUUCACCAGGUCCACGCUCAUAGUAGCACCGACGCAGGUUUUGGUGUUCGGAUUUUCCGUGUUUCUUCUGUAACACAGCCAUGCUGAUGUCAAAAAACUAAAGCUGCCGUCUCGUGCACCGGAGGCGCAAACUACGGACGCUGACAUUUUUCGCAAUUUUCCAAAUUCCAAUUCCACCCGUCCAAUUACAGGGAAAUUACUGGAUCUCCGUAUUUCGCUGGAAGUCCUUGUUGGUGCUGGAAUCUUGCUUUUGACGGUACUGGAUUGUUUUGGUUUUUUACCGUUGAAACGCUGGCUCCUUAGCUUCUUUCAAAGUUUUCCUUUUUUUUCCUUUUGUUUUCUUCUAUCGUCUCUCUUAAUGUACAGCUAACGGCAUUUUAAUGGAUCAGUUCUAUGAAUUUGCGUACUCAGUUGUAAGGCGUGCUGCGCGAUUCCUGACAGCUCCGAAUGGGGAUCACGAUCAGGAUGGCGUUGACGGUGCGCUAACGCAGAUAGAUUAUUUACUUGGAUACACGCGAAACAUUUGCGAAAAUUAUCCGGAGGAACAGACUGUGCAAGCUCAAGAGUUAUUCGAUGUGUUGGUACACUGUGCUGACGAUUUACGGGGGUUACUUCAAGAAGAUGAGGAUGGAACGAGGUCUAUUUUUGCGAUCAAUUUGGACACUAAUUCGUACGGGAAAAUAUUGAUUCCGGAGGAUGCUUUGGCUCAUCUACGAUUAGAAGGAUUCACUGUUAACGAUAUUGCUGGGUUUUAUGGAGUAUCGCGUAGGACACUUACUUACAGAUUGGCAGCAGCUAACCUCAAUCAAAAGUUUGUAGACAUUACGGAUGAUAAUUUGGAUUUGGUGAUUGCGGAUAUUUUGAAUUCAUUCCCGAAUGUCGGUUGUCGUUACGUUCAUGGCCAGCUGAAAGCGGGCGGACUGAUGGUGCAACGCAGACGAAUUUUGGCUUCUUUGAAACGACUUGAUCCAUACGGAGUAGCCAACCGAUUUUUCCAUUUUGUUCCGCGACGCGUGUACUCAAAUUCUGGACCGAAUGCUUUGUGGCAUAUUGAUGGGAAUCAUAAGUUAGUGCGAUGGGGAUUCGUGAUUCAUGGUAUUAUCGACGGAUAUUCGCGAUCGGUUAUUUCGCUUGUCGUUGCCACUAACAAUCGCGCUAGCACGGUGCUGCAAGCAUUCUUGGCUGGCGCUGAAGCGUGGGGUGUACCGUCGAGAGUGAGAAGCGAUUGUGGUGGGGAAAAUUUUGGAGUAGCACGUUGGAUGGAACAUUACAUGGGAGAAAAUCGCGCAAGCAUCAUUAUGGGACCGUCGGUUCACAAUCAGCGGAUAGAACGGCUGUGGAGGGAUUUAGGCCGCGUUGUGAUUAAGCUGUUCCGAUCAGUUUUUAUACACAUGGAAAACUUGGGAAUUUUGGAUUUCACGAGCCCCCGCGAUAUGAUGAUUUUACAUUUGGUUUAUCUGGGAAAGAUCCAAGAAAAGCUUGAGCAUUUCAUUUCGUUCUUCAAUAACCAUAAGCUUAGAACGGAAGGCGGGAAGUCGCCAAGGCAGCUUUUCCUUCUCGGUUGUCAGCAAGAAGGACUGAAAGGAUUCGCGCUACACCAAGUAUUAAGUGAAGAUAACCAAUUGCCAGAUGCUGAUGUAGAUGAACCUCAAAAUUUUCCGGAAUAUAUACGGAACCAAGUAUCCCAUUCCAGAGAUUCAGUGCCGGUCAUGGAUGUGAUUAGUAGCUUUCCUGAUGAAGCUCAUUUGAUACGGACUAGCAUCGAUGUUACAGUGGAUGAUGGAGUUUAUGGAGUCAACAUUUUUCGUGCAGCUAAGGAAUUGAUAGAGCAUCAUUUUGAUUGAAGAAAGACUGUUUCUUGUGUGUCUGCAAAGUGAGUUGACGUUGCGAGUGCGCGGAUGAUACCAGGCAUCCAUUUAUUCUUAUAUCCGGUACGCGGUAAAUGGUUUUAUGCGCAUAAAAGCAAUGAAGCGUUUUUCCUGCCAGCCAUGUUUCGUGGUAGUUGUGCUUAUGAGUGGAGAAGAUUGAUAUUUUGGGGAAAGGAAAGAGCGAGUAGAAUCUUGGAAUUCGGACAUCACAGAACAUGCAAUAUCUGGUAACUCCUGGUCUAAAUCCGGAAACGGUACAUGAAGAUGUCUCCUCGGGUUCGGAGAGCAGGAAUAGAUCACUGGAUGUUUUGCGGACUACGGCAAACGAGACGUUGCGCAACGACAAUUGUUAUCAUCUAAUCGUGGUGUUGAUUCUCCUCGGCCGGCUUCCUCGCGGGAAUCUUGUGUGGAAGACGAGUUGCGCAAAAGCUGUGAUGAAACAGACCGCGCCGCAUCUCCAGAUGGUGGGAAUGGCUUAAAAGCUGCCCGGAAAAUGCGAUGCAGGCAGCUGCUUUUGGCCAAACGGGAAGCGGAUAAAUUAGCAAAAAAUCACAAUUAAGCUCAACGAAAAGUCGAGGAGCGGAAGGUUUGAGAUGCCAAAGUUUAACGCAUUUUAGCGGUGGAGGACGGUGAUGUCACCGGUGGAGCUGAUAGUGAAUUCAGCCGCCAAGCGCCUUGCCAGUGUGACAUCCUUCAACAAGCUUUCUAUCGAGUUGCCUCAGUUGAGCCAAAAAGAACAUGGUCUGAUGUUUACGGAAAUGAGUCGUGAUCGGUCUCUACAGCUGGUCAAACAAUUGAAACGAGAUCAUCCAAAUGUUCACGCUGGAUCCAAAGGUAUAGGAGGGAAAGAAAAGGACUUGACGAAAAACGAAUGAAGUAAAAGAGUCGACAGAGUCACCAGCCCGUGAAAAGCAUUACGGCCUUCAGUUUGGGAGCAGAUCUCCAAUCCGUAUGGUUGGAUGGAACUGAGAAGUAUAAUGCAAAACUACCCUCUAGUAUCUGUACAUGGGAAAGUGAUUUGUAUGCUGUGUGGCAGGCAAAUGUCAGGGGUGCGGCUGUCAAAUUCCGUUACCGCAGGAAAUGGAUUUUUCUUGGAGUGGCUCGGUAGGACGAAGCCGAUGCAGCAAUCAAGGAUGUGGUCAUUACUUAGGCAUGCAUGUUUUGGCUAACGGGAUCGCGAUUAUCGGAGCCGAAGUGGACCAGCGAUCCAGAAACCCAGAAGGAGCGAAUGCCAACAGCGUAACCGAUGCCACAUCGACGAAUGCCAGUAGAACUGGACAGUAUGCUAUCAGUACUGUCAGAAAGGGUGGACAGCAAGUGCACGGAGGAUUCGGUGGGUCGGCAACGGGAAGUAUGGUCCGCAGCUCUUUUGAUAAUACGAAUACGUGGUUCGGGAUGCGUGGAAACGUGUUGCAGCCGACCAUGAUGCAGCAAUAUGGACUAUCCGGCAGUCCAGUCAGUGCGGGAUUAUCUGGGAUUCCAAGAUUCCCUGUCCGUGGGCCGAAAACAUAUGGGUUUCCUGCAUCUGGCGGUUUUGGGACAUCCAGUUUCGCUUCCUCAACGCCCAGUGGUCGGAAUAGCGGCCGCGGUCAAGGAGGGGCGAAGCGCUUCCGAGGAGAAAGCUGGCGAUCUCCGGCGCCACCGACGCCGGCGGCGCCGCCUGCUGAAGAAACGGAUCCAGAAGUCGCGUGGGUGCAUAAGUGGACGGUGUACUGUUUUCGAUAUAAUGACAAUCAUGGGAUUCCGACUGCGAGACAAACUGACGGUGCAAACGAAAUGGAACUGAUGCAUUUGGCUGGGCUCGUAAAAGAUAUCAAUUUCGAAAAAUUGAAUCUCACUGGAGACUUCAUCAAUGCCAAAAUCAUGGCCGCGUUUAAUCAUUUUCUGAAAGGUCGGCCGUGGAUUCGGCUCACCCGCAUUCCUACGAAUACUAUGAAUAAGAACAAGUCGAAGUUGAAACCAGAAGGAAACAAUGUUCACUCAUGGGAUUUGCCGCUCUCCUCCACUACUUGGUCACAAUACCACAGAUACACCGAAAAGCUUCCACAAGAGUCGCGGCGUCGCAUGUAUAUCGCCAUCAGGGAAGGGAUGAUAACAAUUCCGCUGGACGUUGUGCAGCAGUUAGCAGAUUCCAAAGGUGUUUCUGUGGCUGAUCUGACGCUGUAUGGCAUUGAAGACGAGCAGUUUGAUACGAUCUCUGGUCCCAGUACAUCCGGACAUGCUAGCACAUCUAAGCCCAGUACAUCCGGACAUGCUGGCACAUCUGGACAGAGUACAUCCGGACAUCCUGGCACAUCUGGACAGAGUACAUCCGGGAUAAACCGCGGGACCGGUAGAUCUCCACGAGUGUUCUGCUUCGAUGAUUCACCUUCUCCUCCGUCAUCUCCACGGCGUGCUCCAAGUGGCAUUAGAGGUUCUUCUGCGUUGAGUAGAGCGCAACAAAACGAAAGCUUAAGUGGAAGGCGAACGGUUCUGGACGUUAUAACAGUGGAUGCUUCAGAAGGCGGUAGUGCGGACGAAGCUGAAAAUACCGGGCGGAAUGUACCUAGGAAAUUGGAUAUGGGUACUGUAGAGUUGCCUGCGCCAACCAGCAGCCGGUUAACACUGCGAGAUUUGAGAGAGGAACUUUGCUUUAACGUUACCGGCGUCUUCCCUAUGGACAAACCGGACAGCCCGGAUAAGGAAAUUUUUUUUGAUUGGAUCCCAGGUGAAAACGACAAUGUUCAGAAUUACAUCGAUUUUUAUCUGGCUCGGGCGGACGCUUUAGCGAAGAUUGGAAGGAUGACCGUACGCAUGGACGAUGCUUUUGAUUGUAAUGGACCGUACAAAGAAUGCAUCGCGCAGCUGCUUGCCGGAUUUCGAAAAUACCUCAUUCCGAACUUGGGCAUUGCUUUAUUUGAUGGAUAUUCAAAAGAUGAAGAGGAUGAUGAGGGGUUUGUGCUAAUUACCGCUGUCCCAAUUUUUACGGAGGAAGGACACAAUGCACUACGUGCAUUUGGAUUUCUGCUUCGCGAGGGCAUCUUGCAUGGAUGCCCGUUCCCGGACUGGUUUAAUUCCUCCGCGUUACGUUAUCUGUUGAACCUACCAAUCCAGUUGAAUGACAUUUUUGUCUUCGCACCAACCAUAGGAGAUAUUAUCCAGGACAUUCUGCAUGGCCCUGGCGAGAUUGCCUUAGAAGAAAUGGCGAAUUUUAGCAUGUGGGCAGAGAGUAACCCUGCGUUCCCGUGGGCAUCAUUAGUUAAACUUGGUCGGGAAACGCUUUGCCGUUACAUGGCUGUCUAUGAGCUCUGCACCAAGCGUUCUGCAAAUCUGAAGUUCGUGUAUGAAGGAUUAACGGCUGGGAAAAUGGGGAAAGAACUGUUACAAAUGCGACUCGACUGGAAACCUUUUGAAGAAGGCCUUUAUGCCGGAUCAGUGAUUGAAGGCCGCGAUUUGUUAGAGCAGUUCAGACAACUGAAUGAGGCAAAUGCGACCGAAGAACAAGUGCAGAUGGUUGCGUGGCUGGAUGAGAUUUGCGUUGAUGAUCUGGACUCUCGCGAACGGAAACAACUGCUUAGAUUUAUUACCGGAUCGAACAUCAUACCUGCUGUACCGAGAAUUUCCAUCGAUUUUUUCGCUGAACGUGAUGGAAACCGUCGGCCUACAUCGCGAACAUGUUCGAACAUCUUGAAGCUGCCGAUUGGAGUGCAUUCGAAAGAGAAACUUCUAGAACUGUUGCAGGACUGCAUUGCCGCCGUCGACAACAAGAUGCAGGGGUAUUUCCAGUUCAAAUAAAACAGCAAGAAUUAUGGGGUGGAAGUAAUUCCGAUGUCGAGCGGAUCGUGUUAACGACUAAUGGACGGGCAUUGAUAGCUAACUAGACUUACCAAUAAAAUGAGCAGGUUACGCUUUCUUAAGUUUUUAAAUUCCCAUCGCAGUAGAUAAUUUUUAAUGGCAUUGAUAUCUGCGCAGAAAUGUAAUUUUUCAGUUUUUCAACGUUAAUUGGAAGGGACGUGCGCUUAUGAAUUUGUGCUUAUAAAUUCCGUUUUGCUGUGCGGCUGUUACCGGCUAAAUUUGAGCGAGCUGUACGUGUGUUUGCAUUUUUCUUUGAGAGAUGGUUAAUGCCGGCUAAAUUUAUGCGAACUGUACUUGUAUACCUGUGUUUACAUUCUGGACAAGGUCUAAAUCGUAA